CUGACUGGGCUCGCCUCGAGCGACCUGCUGCCGCCGUGGGUGGAGGGUGCUGGGGGCAGGUGGAGCCCCGCGUGCCCAGCUGAGAUUUCAGGGGUGGGGGCUCGGAGAGCACCGCGGCAAUUAAUGGAUGCCUGGAAGUUGAUAUACAUACAUAUUCAGAAAUGUUUUGCCACCUGAGACCUGUGAGGAGGUUAUGUCUAGAGAAGAUAUUUUCACCCUGGUUUGUCUACUCAAGAGCUUUAUCAGCAGCCGAAGCAGUCAACGCUUUGAGGCCUUUCUAUUUUGCAGUACAUCCAGAUUUCUUUGGACAGCACCCCAAAGAAAGGGAAAUCAAUGAAAAUUCUCUCAAGAGAUUAAGUGUCUACUUAGAAAACCUCCAGAAGCCAGGCUUCAAGUCUUUGAAACCAACUCAGCUUAUGUUUUAUGUAAGAGGAACAGACCAGAAUUCCUCUGAUGGCCACGAACCAUUUAGUACUUCCGGAUUUCGAGCAGUCAAAUUUACUUUGCACACCAGAGAUCUGCUAAGCACAGUGUUAUAUAUUCUCAACUCCUGCAGUUUAUCUAUUGAACAUAUCCAAAGCUCGAAUACUAAUGUGCAUUCCCAGCCACUCAAAGAAGCUAAAAGGAUGUCUGACAGGCCCAUCAAAUGGGACAAGUCUUACUACUCCUUCACUGGAUUCAGGGACCCUGAUGAAGACCUUGAACAAGUCUCCAGAAUGGAAACAACCCUAACAUCCUGGUUAGAUAAUAACGGAAAAAGCGCUGUUAAAAAGUUGAAACAUAGUUUGCCACUUAGAAAAGAACUAGAUCGUUUAAAAGAUGAACUGUCUCAUCAAUUGCAACUGUCAGAUAUCAGGUGGCAGAGGAGCUGGGGCAUCGCCCAUCGCUGUAGCCAGCUGCACAGUUUAGGCCGAUUAGCACAACAGAACUUGGAAACACUUAAGAAAGCAAAAGGAUGCACAGUCCUGUUCACAGACCGUUCUGGCGUGAGUGCAGUGGGCCAUGUGAUGCUGGGAACGAUGGAUGUCCAUCACCACUGGGUGAAGCUUUUUGAAAGAUUGCCAAGUUAUUUUGACCUUCAGAGGAAGCUGAUGCUUUUAGAAGACCAAAUAAGCUAUCUUUUAGGUGGCAUACAAGUUGUUUAUAUCGACGAAUUACAGCCAGUAUUGACACUUGAAGAAUAUUACUCUCUUCUUGAUGUGUUCUAUAAUAGGAUACUGGAAAGUAGAAUGCCUUUUCACCCUCAAAGUCUGCGUGGUUUACAAAUGAUCCUUAACAGUGACAGAUAUGCUCCAAGCCUGCAUGAACUCGGGCAUUUCAACAUCCCAGUACUCUGUGAUUUAGCAAAUCUCCAAUGGUUUAUUCUCACCAAAGCUCAGCAGGCAAGAGAGAACAUGAAAAGAAAGGAAGAGUUAAAGGUUAUUGAGAAUGAAUUGAUACAGGCUUCAACAAAGAAAUUUUCCCUGGAGAAGUUAUAUAAGGAGCCCAGCAUUUCUAGUAUACAAAUGGUGGAUUGCUGUAAGAGACUUCUAGAACAAUCACUGCCUUAUCUACAUGGGAUGCACCUGUGUGUUUCACAUUUUUACUCUGUUAUGCAAGAUGGAGACCUUUGUAUUCCUUGGAAUUGGAAGAAUGGAGAAGCCAUUAAGUAACAGAAAUCUAUUUUUAUUUUUUUAAAGAGAUAAGAAAGAAACUGUUAAAUUAAACUUAUUUAAAUCCUCAAUUUGAUAUAACAGUAUUAUUUACAUAGUACAAGAACAAAGUUUCUAACUGCUGCUUUAAAAGUAGACAUUUCUAAAACAAUGAAUUUCUUCUAGGAAACUUGUUUUAAAAAGGUUUUAUCUCCCAGCCUUAUAGUGUUGAUUGGCAAAACUAAGUAAAAAGAGUUUAGAGUGAAUAUAUUUAUAGUGAUACGUAAAUGAAGGAUUUGACAAGAGUGAUAUAUUUUUGUAUGAGGGAACGUUGGUUUGGGGCUGGGCAAGUUUGUGUGUGUAAAUAUAAUCAGGCCCCGUGUCCAGAGUAUAGCUCAGAAGUAACGGAGCUCAUUUCUACAUGUAACAUGAUGCAACGUGCAUCUUUAUAGUUACAUCUCAUGUAUACACACACACACACACACGUAUUUUGCAGCCAGAAAUGGACACUUGAUGUCCAAAACCAAUGAUUGAUAGAUAGCAAAAAUUGGAUAACCAAAUUUUUCCUAAGAGACUAGAGGGGAAAAAAAGCAGUUGAAUAUAUGAUAUUGACUUUGUCAUAAGCCAUCUGAUAACCAACCAGUUUAUUAAAAUCUUCAGUGACAGAGAAUUUAGAUUUAAAUUCAUAAUUUCUCCCGUUCAUUAAAAUAUUGUAACUGUUGGUAGCAUGAAACCAACAGACCGGUAGUAUUUUGAAUCAUUUAAUGAGGUGACCCAUUUGUUUUCAUGGGCAAACACUAUCUAGGAAAAUUCUCCCAAAGAGCUCUAGGAAGUAGAAUCAAGUAUAAAAUGGUGCAGACCAUUUGGGAUUUCUGUCGCUGCUCUCAACUCUUCCUGUGCCUACCAGUGUUUGAAAUGCUUGUUAGCUCUGGCCCAGGUAAGCCCUCUGGGUCACCUCUCGUUCAUGCCAUACAGCUCAGCCUCACAUGGUUUAUGGCGUCCCCAGCAGAGUCGAGGGACCUGGUCUCUAGACUCAGGGCUUCCCUCUCCGCAGAUACACCCCCAGAUUCCUUAGGGCAUAUUUUUAACCAGCUUGAAACCUCUCCGGCUCAUUUCUCAAGAAGACAGAGUGAAUCCUGGUUUAGGAUGCCAUUUUUGGGACUCUUGCUGCUGAAGAAAUCAGAAAGGAAUUUUUUCUGAAAUUCAUUAGAAAGUAAAGGAGAUGUUAUGAUCAGUUUUGAAGUAUGUUUUAAAUUUAUCUAAAACGCUGUUCAAGUUUAAAUUCAAAUGUGUGUUCUAAAGAAGUAUCGAUUUGUAAUUAUUAUAGUUUGUGCAUAUCAUCCCUUUUAACCUGUGCCUAACAACUAUACUUAAAUUUUGUUUUCUAGUGUAACUUGUUACCUGUAAAGAUUUUCCAGAGCCAAAUAAUAGGAGUGAAAAAUUCCUUAAAGAUUAUAUAAGAAAAUGUAUUAGAAAUGUAUCAGGUUUGGAUUAUGCCAUUUCCAAAAUCAACUAGUAUAGAAUCCUCAGUAAUAUGUUUUGAAUUGAAUUUUGUCUACAAAAUAAUUAUUACCUAAUAAAUAAUACCUACAUCAACC